UUUAGUAUUUUAUCAAAAUUGGCGUUCAGUGAUUAUUUAAAUCAAUUAAAUUAAUUUGGUCAUUUCGCUGGGUCACAUAACCGUCUAUAAUUCCGCCACCGUGACUGUACACUGCAAGUCUGCAACAAUCUUGCUGAGAACGUCGGCAGGGGGUUUGAGAGUUUGAGACGAGCACUUGAUUGAUUGAUGGCGUUGAGACGAGCACUUGGUUGGUCUGAUGGUGAGCUCAUGCGAUCAGAUGGAAAGCCAUGCUCAAGGUUAAUGAGGCAAACAGCUGGGAUUUUUACAGUUGGUGGAGCAUUAGGUUUCUGGGUUUUGUGCAGACUACACUAUGGGUCAAGAGUAACAAUUCCUAGAAGUCUCAGAUGGGCAGCGUGUGGAGCUGUUACUGUUAGCUCAACCACGGCUCUUCUUGUCCGCCUUUUCAGUCCUGAAUGCGAACCUCAGAACAUUGCUGCUUAUGACUAUAAGAAAUGACUACUAAAACUGACAGUUUUGCUUCACUUACAACUUCCAAGACCACAGAAACUUCUUGUUGAAAACCAAGUCAUGACUCAAGAGUUGAUGACACGAGAAAUCAUCGUGAUGCUGUACGUAGUACUCGUAUAUGUUUCGAGUCAAUGUAUUUUCUAAAAAUCGGGUUGGAAGUUUGGAAAUUAACUUUUUGUAACGGAAAUUGGAGUUACUUGUGGAAUCACGCUAGACUCCGUUCUAUUCCACAUAUUUUAUCUGAAAUGAACUUAUUUGUGUGUGGAAAUGUAUGAAAAAACUUAUUUUUUCUGAA